GCUGAGCGCACACUCGCACCGGAGACGGUGAUGCUCACACCACUCAACAAGACCGUCCACGCAAACUAAGCCGAAAAAGGUGUCACAAUGCUGUCGUUCUCCUGCAACUCCACUAGGGGCAAACCUUCCCUCCUCUGUUUGGCACAGCUUCUCUUUGUCACUCUGUGUCUCCGCUCCAUUCACGGAGCUACUCUCCGAGCACAUCGACUGCGGGAGAGUGAAUCAGACCCGUCCCAGUCACCUAAUGCUGACAUGAUCAAAGCCUUGGAGUACAUCGAGAGCCUUCGUCAGAAAACAGACUCACAGGAGAAGAAGCCCCUUCCCCCCACAGGGAACGAUGGUCGCCACUUGGAUGACGCUCAGAAGAUGCGGGCCAUGCUGAGAAUAGCUCCCAACCCGACGAGUGCAGAAAAUGACGACGAGGAAGACGACAUGGAUGAGGAGAGGAGUGAGGACAAGAGCGAGGAGCUGCUCCAGGCCGUACUCAGCACGCUACAGCAGACCGAAAAGGCCUCCAAGCCCACUUUGUUGCGUCCUUCCUCGCUGGUGGGGACUAACGUGAAGGAUGGCAUGUACCCCAGAGUGCAGAAGCAACGGGGCAGUAUUCCUCACAAGAAGAUGCCCUUGAUGUUUGAGGACGAUGAGGAAGGUGAGGGAGAUGAAGAGGAGGAGGAGGAUCACAAAAGCCCCUUUAAACGCACCAAUGAGAAUGUCGAGGAGAAGUACACGCCUCAAAACCUAGCAACACUGCAGUCAGUCUUUGACGAACUGGACAAGUUUUCCAAUGAUAAGCCAGCGCACAAACGACGGGAUGAGGAGGAUGGUGUGGAUGAGGAAGAGGAAGAAGAAGGGGAAGAUUUGUUCAGUCUGAGAAAUGUGGUAUACGACGAUGAAGGUGAGGACCUUACAGACUGGGGUCCGCUCGAACAGCAAGGGGAGGACGAGGAGGAAGACGAGGAUGACAAACGAGAGUUGGACCGGAGCCUCGAUUAUGUUGAUGAGGAGGAGGAGCAGGAUGAGGAUGGGGACGAAAGGUAUCCGGUUACAAGGUCAGAUGAUCCAGACCAGGUCGACUAUUACCUUUUCAAGGUGUUGGAGAAAACAGAGGAGGAGGAGCAGAAGCGAGCAAUAGAAGAAGAGGAGAGGAAGAGGGCUGAGAGGCGAGUAGCUCAGUACAGAGAUAACAUUGACCCACAAGUUAUUUUUCAGCUCAUUCAGAUCUCCCAGAAAUACCAGAUUCCGCCUGAAGAUCUUCUGGAUAUGCUCAAGACAGGAGAAACAACUAGUCAGGGAAAGACACAACAGAGCAGAGAUCAAAACAAACUCUGGCAGAUGUCCUCAAAGAACACCUACAAGAUUCCUCCAACGAAAUUCUACAACAGACGCCUCCCUGCCAGAAAGAGCAGCCCCAAAAACCUGCAGACGGAGGCAAUCCUCAACAUCCUAGGCUUGAGGAACACGCAGAACCGAGAUCAAACCCCCGUCAGGAAGCCAUACGGGAGCUCGGCAUCACAACUUCACACUCUGGCAGCGGGGCGCACGGGAGACGUCGCUCCCACGCAGCGACGUUUCCCUCCCGGCAUGUCAAAGGACUAUGACGACACGGCAGACGGCGAGCUGGCGGCGUAUCUGGCGGCUCAGAUGUUGGCGCGGUACCCCGGCCCCGCGUACCGCUACGGGAAUGCCGGCCAGAAGCGGGACGAGGCGGGGCAGAGCGCAGUGGGGUCGUUUGAACAGACCAUGCAAGAUUAUUUGGCUCAAACGGACUCAGAUGAGGAGCGGAACAAAAAGAGACGGUCUGAGGAGGGCGAGAGAGGCGGCAACACACAAGCCAAUGAUAACGAGGCUGUGAUGAAACUGAUGAGGUACCUCAACCCAGAAAUUGAGGACAGUGAGAGCGAAGCCAAAGCUGGCCAUGGCAUAUAAAUCGAGCUGCAGAUGUAUACAGUAUACAGGUGGCUCUCAAUAGCUUUGAAUAUUGUAGAAACGUUCAUUUCAUUUCAUUAGUUCAAAUCAAAAUGGGAAACUCGUGUAUUAUAUAGGAUACAUGGGAAAACACUUUUCGGAAGGCCAAUUCCUACCUAAUUUCUAUACAGAAAAUCAUCUUCAUUCUUUCUUGAGAUGGUGAAUUUUGGGUUGUAUUCAUCAGAGCACUAUAAAAACGUAUAGUUUCCAGCAAUAUUCUUAUUUAUUGAGAUGCACCUGUAUGUAUGUAGGUGCAGGUGGUGAGAGACAAAAAUGAAGUAUUUUCAAAGAUAUAAACAUGCAGUCCACUGUGGUUCCGCUGUAGAUUUACUGAACAUAUUUCUUAUUAGCAGAAAUAUGAGUAUUCUGACAUUAAUUUGAGUUCGUUACUCAACAUCCCGUACAUGUGACUCAUCAGCCGUGACACACAAGCAUGCACGCAUGCACACGCACACACACACACACACACACACACACACGUAUGCGCACGCACGCACACACACACACACGCAAGCACACAUCUACACGCACACAAACACACACACACAGAUAAGCAUAUCAGUGUUGAACCAAUUAGAUUCAGUUGUGUUUGUCGGUAAUUCUUUCUUAAAUGUGGUCAUAUGUGACAUAC